AUCAGCUAAUAGGAAGCUACAUGACAGCAAUGAUGGUUUAAGGACUGCACUUGAAAACAGUUUCAGCAAGUACAACAGAUCAUUGCGGUUAGCAAACACCUCACCAGGAAGUACUAUUUCUAGAAGCAGUCCUAAAUGUAAUGGUGGACAGUCUCCUCUAAACGCACGGUAUGACAGAUCAUCUCAUUCUUCUUGUGUGGAUGAAGAUUAUGAUUCUUUAGCCCUUUGUGAUCCUAUGCAAAGGAUGAACUGUGAAGUUGACAGCUUACCUGAGAGCUGUUUUGACAGUGGUUUGUCUACCCUGAGAGAUUCAAAUGACUACGAUUCAGAAGUGGAAUACAGGCAUCAAAGGAUUUUUCAAAGGUCACAGUGUAUGCAGGAAAGCUUUGGUGGUGAUGCUUCUGAUACAGAUGUUCCAGAGAUCAGGGAUGAAGAAGCAUACAGUCCUGAUAACAGCAGUACAGUGUUAGACUGGAAGCCCUCACGACCAGUAAGUCGAAGCAGCUCAAUUGCUUCAACAAGGAAAUACAUAUCUGCUCUCACUCCUCAGUCAGAUGCAACCGAAUGUACUCCGAAAUACCCCAGUUCAGAGAAGGCUUACAAGAUUGUUCUUGCUGGAGAUGCGGCAGUGGGAAAAUCCAGUUUCCUUACAAGACUUUGCAAGAAUGAAUUUCGAGGCAAUACCAGUGCAACCCUGGGUGUGGAUUUUCAAAUGAAAAGACUAAUUGUUGAUGGAGAACCUACAGUUCUACAGCUGUGGGACACAGCUGGGCAGGAAAGAUUCCGAAGUAUUGCUAAAUCGUACUUCAGAAGAGCAGAUGGUGUCUUACUGCUAUAUGAUGUAACGUGUGAAAAAAGCUUUCUUAAUGUACGAGAAUGGGUGGAUAUGAUCGAGGAUGCAACUCAUGAGAAUAUUCCAAUUAUGAUGGUGGGAAACAAAGCAGAUCUCCGUCAGGCUGUUACAGAACAAGGGCAGAAAUGUGUGCCUGUAAACUAUGGAGAAAAGCUGGCUAUGACUUAUAAUGCACUGUUCUGUGAAACAAGUGCUAAAGACGGAUCUAAUAUUGUAGAAGCAGUUCUUCAUCUUGCUCGUGAAGUGCGAAAACGAAGUGAUAAUCAAGAUGAUACGAGGUCAGUAACCAGCCUGGCUGGGACACCUGUCAAAAAAUCAGCACUCACGAAAAACUGUUGCAAUGUUUAA